GGAGAGUGGAUGUGCUUGAGAGUGAUGUCCUUAGGUUGAAGGUCUGAAUACCUCAUCCUAUUAGUCAUGACUUCCUGAUUAAGGGAAAGCACAUCUGUCUUGUAUGCAUUUUCUAGACUAUAGUUAUGGUUCUGAGUUUAACUGAUUGCUGGAUUGGACAUGCCUUACCUGACCCUGCUGACAAGAAGGUAGAUUCUGUCUUAUAGAUCUUUUCUGGUCCUUGAGAUCCCCUUGCAUCAUUAAUUUCAACCUUCAGUUCUAUCAAAUCUGGAUCUUAAUUCCAUCCCUACAAAAUGCCUCUCUUGAGGUUCUUGCAACCCUCUCAACAGAACCUGGGACAACCGGCGUGAACACUGGAAUGUGGCCCAUCAUGACAGAAGUUAACUGACGGGGUAACAGUUUUAUCAGAUUUCUCUUCAGAGGCAUUGCAGCCUGCUUUUCUGUUCAGUUCUACUCAAAGAGUUUGUCCUCCUCAAGAGGCACAGAUUGGCUCACUCCAUUGUAAUAAGUGAUGCAAUUUGUACCCCAAUGGAAUAUCGCGCCUUGUGGAGCUUACGCUUGCCUGGCAAACACUGAUCGUGUAGUUGGGGCAGUUGUCAGGGAUUCCUAGAUAUUUGAGGCCACCAUCCCUCCAGUGGAUCAUGUUUCCUUGAGGUGGGUACCCAGAGGGCUCUAAAAUGAGUUGCGAGGCAGAACUCCAAAGAAGGAUAACUGACUUCUUUGUGUGUGCUCUGUGAUCUUUCCUUCCCACUUCAGGGAAUAAUAUAACUAGACAAAGUGUUCUGAAAUUCGUCUCUGACCUCUGCACUGGAGACAUCACAAACUAGUGUAAACUUUCUAGCCCGAAUGAUAGUCAGUGGCAUUUCUCUGAACUCUCUGCUGGCCAGUCGUGGUGGAAUAUAUGUGAUUGCCAAUACCCCAUGCUGUACCUAGAUCAAUAAGUCUGGAAAAGGAGAGCAGUUUAUUUCCCUCUCCCCUGUUCUCUCAGGGAGAAAGCCGUGUGCCUCUCACUGGUGAACGUCGGUGGUAUCUGGGAUGUACCUCGCUGGCUUGGCUCCCUAUGAGUAGCCUGAUUGUGGCCUGACCUCCACAUAAGGCCAGAUUGUCCUAUCGGGAGUCACAGUCUAAUCACUCCUCCCCAGUGUUGCCUAGGAGAAAGUACAAUUAAUUGGCGUGUCUGGUUGAGUGGCCUGGGCUUCUGAAUAGAAUUUAUAGCUGGAUACAUGAAAAAUUGGAAGGUCGAGAUGUAGAUAAACAGCUUCCUGGUGCCUUGAUAACCUUUCUCUUCUCAUAGGCUGCAGAGGCAAAGUGUAAUCUCAGUCUGACCCACACCUUGGCAGGACACCCUGCAGGUCCUCCCAGAACAAAGACUGAUAAGCAGCCUUGUGAGAAAUAGCCCCAAGGUUGUUUCUCCUCUGCCUCCCUAGUGUCAGUUGAGCACAGGACUCUCCCACCUCCCUUCCUCUUGGGGUGUAGCUGCAGGCUAUAAAAUGGCUAUAGGUUAGAGUUGGCUCCUCAGCAGCCUGGUAGCCACCUUGGUGUCACCUUGGUAUCAGUGGGAUUAGAGACACUGAGGUUGGUUUUGCUGUUCCAGUAAGUAGUCAACUAUAUGUGAAUUCAUUUAGUGUUGUCUCCUUUCUUUCUAUGGCACUGUGGAGAGCCUGCCUAACAGCUGUGUUAGUGGGACUUCUGGCCCUACUAGCCGUGACCCUACUGCUUAGGGAGGACUCCUGGACUUCAUUCAUUUGUUGUUACACUUAGAUGUGGCAAUGUAUGUAAAGCGUUCAGCACAGUUCUUGACGUGGUGUAAAUUCUCAAAUGUUAGCUGUUAUUAUUUGUGGAGUUGUAUUAUAAAAUAAUGUACAAUUUAGAAUAAUCUAUUCUUGAAAGCCCAAUUCAAGGGCUGAUAGCAUAAUUUCUCCUGUGAGUAAAGAUACAAAAAGCCAGAGCUGGGGAGAAUAGGUUGAGUCAAUCAGGAUGCUUUCAGAAUUCCUGAAAAAAGUGGCUUUUAUACUGAAGUGGUGGUGUUUGUGGUUUUGUUGGUUUUUAUAGAAGUAUCUGUAGCUUUUUCUAAUGCAAGUCAGUUUUUCAGUGAAGACUUCUGGCUUUCCUCCAUUUAACCACAUCAGUGGACACUCUCCAAAUAAACUUUGGUUUGUGGACCACAUUAGAAAGGGAACUUACAAAACCAUAAGGGAAAGUUCCAAUUUAAAAUACCAAAACAGAUUUAUGUUUUUUUCGGGUAGGAGAGGAAUAUGACAUAUAUUUCUUAAGAGGGCCUAUAUUUUUGAGGUACUUGAAACGCUUACGGAGGAAAUCAUGUAAUGUUUAUGGUUGACAUAGAUGUAAAGGGAGGGAUGGGAACUUUUUCCCAUCUACAAGUUUAAAUAGGGACUUCUCUUUAAGUUGGUGUUCAGCAAUUAUAGAUAAUGUUUAUUCAUUUGACAUUACUGAAGCCUGCUAGACAUUGUCUAGAUAGGUGCAUCUUUUGGAUGACCCUGAGACACAAUCUUUUCUUAUGCCUAUCAUCUUGGCUAUAAUAGCAUUAUCUUUCACUCUAAUAGUGUUGCAGUUUCUUUGAUAAAUUAAUGGUCAUCCUUGGAUAUAAGACAAUUCUUGAUGUGGCUCAGUUUGUCCUUUCAUCUUCUACUUCUUACUAUUUCAUCUGACCUAUAGCAGGCCUGGCUGUGGCAAACCAUAAUAUAAGGUCUAUUUCAUAGAGUUCUUUCUGUUGAUGAGUGUGUGUGCUUGUGCAUUUGUGUUUAAGGUAGACAUUAAUAUGAUUAUUCCUAAAAGGUAUGAUUUUUAGGUUAUCUCUUUGCUUUGUAAUUUUCUUUCGUAAGGCUAGCUUGCAAAUAAAAGAAGCUGCUGGGUUGAUGAAUUUUCAGUUAAACUACAUUCUGUGCAUUGUGUGGACAUAGAAUAUUUUAAAAUGAAAAAAGUUCACAAAUCUUUUCUUAACCUUAGUGAGGUCUUUAUGAAAAUUUUAUGUGAAAAUCCACAUGGGUUCUUAUGUUUAUUGUCUCCUGUAGCCGUUCACUUCCCUUUUUUUCUUGCUUCACAAAUUAAUCUUAAUUUUGCAAUUCACAACUUGCUGUUCACAACUUCCUAUACUUUGGAUUUUUGGUGACUUGCUUCUUCCCAGUUUUCUUACAGGAAGUAAUAGUAAUAUCAUAUAAGAUUUAAAUCAAAAACUGUCAAACUGAAAAGAUAGACUUUGUCUACUUCCAGGAUAUAAGAUGUUUUUAAUUUCAAAUUUAAAAAUGCUGUGUUCGUGAUGACACACAGGCAACCUCCACGGACUGUCUCUUGAGGAGUAUGUGAAUUAUGGCUCUGACUUCCCCCAGUUUGGGACAUAGCACUUUAUCAACAUGAACGCACAAGGGCUGCUUGCCUCCCAGUGAGGGCCACCACAUCUUAUCAGUGUCAACAUAUUAGUAUUGCCAGUUCUUCAAACUGUAAAACCUACAGCCAAAUGCAUCGGAUUAGUAGAACCAAACUUUGCAAACACUUUGGCUGCUCCUGUGCAGAGAAGGAGAUUCUUAAGUUCAGCCGUAGCUGGGGUUUGUCGGUUCUGACAUUCAAACAACUGACUUUAGUACACUGCUACUACAUCAAAUCAACAAUGAAUUGGAAUACAAAACCAGAGAGCGUUGCCUUACCACCACAGUAUCCUAAAAACCAAACAUCUUUUUUGGAGCAGGCUUUGAUAAACACACCAUCUCAAAGUUCUUUAAACUAUCCUGGAAGUAAUCAAGAAGCAUGCAUGUUUUUCAGUAAUUCAAAUCCAGUUUCACAGCCGCUGCUCAACAUGAGAAAUUACAAAACUCCUCAACAAAUCCCUCUUUCUGAUAUGCAUAGUGGGACGAUUGUGGCCUCACAAACUUCAGUAGAAAGAAUAACGUAUGCAAAUGUUAAAGGACCCAAACAACUAAAUCACAAUUUGCAAAUGUCUUCAGGAGUUACACAAAAUGUAUGGUUGAACUCACCGAUGAGGAAUUCUGUGUUUUCUCAUACAGGGGCAAAUCUCUCUCAGCAAACUAGUUUUGGAACAAAUGCGCCCAAUGUACACCCACUACAGAAUCAGUUUGUAACAUCAGAUACCUAUUCUAUGCAACUACAGAUGAUCCCUUCUAGUUCUGGAAGCGGUCCUGUAACUUAUCAGGGAAACCCGAGACUUAACCCACCUUUAUCAGAGCGACAGGUUGAUUGGGCACAACAGUAUCCAUCCAAUGGACUGACUUAUCCAGAUUAUAGAACACUUCCAAAGCAAUACAGUUAUUCAUCACGAAGCUAUUUGCAAGAUCCUACUCAGAAACAGCACUCUCUGCCGGCUGCAUCAUUACAAGUUAAAAAUAGUCACCCUCCAAAUUCUGCACUGACUUUACAGUCAAAGCAAGCUGCAACUAUACAGUCAUAUCAAUAUGCGGUUGCUCAAACUGACAGAAGACCUCCUCCUCCUUAUGACUGUAGAUAUGCCAGCCAGCCUUUGCAAAGUACUCAGCAUAUUAUUAAACACUCUUCCGUGGAAGUUCCUCAGAGUCAAGAAAUGCAUUUACCUGAAAUGAGGAAAGAAUUUUAUAGAGGCUUUCAACAGCAGUGGCAAAACCUUAACGAAAAUGUCAGCAGGACUGGAAAUUCCUGUAACUUGAAAGUAAAUUCCAGUGUCAGUCAGCCUUAUAGUGAAUCCAUUAGAUCUUCGCUGGAUGGCGUUCAGACUCUUCCUGAAAAUAAUCCAGAGAAAAGAGUGGAUGCUUGCAAUCUAACUUCAAAUCAAGUACUAGACACAAGUGUCGCGAAAGAAAAGUUAGUGAGAGAUAUUAAAACAUUAGUUGAAAUAAAAAAGAAGUUUUCGGAACUCGCAAGGAAAAUUAAAAUUAAUAAAAAUCUUUUGAUGGCAGCAGGUUGUGUUAAAACAACUAAUACCUCUUAUAGUGAAUCGGCUCAAAAUUCUGAAUUGUCUCAUCAAACUGCCCAAAUCCAGUCUCGACCACUGGUAACCCCAGUCACUCUAGAGGCUGCAAAGGAUAAACCACCACCAGCCAUGGAAUCUGUAGAAGAAACAAAUCGAACACACCAUACAUUGAAUUCCAACAUUCAGGACACCAAUUGCAGAAAUUUUAACCAAGUCAAUUCCAUUUUACAAAAUCCUGUCUGUUCAGAAAAGUUGCCAGUGCCAAACCAGUUACAUGAGUUGAAAAUUAUGACUUCUUUAAAGACAUCAGCUGUUGAGAUUACCCAGGCAACAUUAAAUAACACUCAGUUUUCAUCCGGAAAUUUUGUCAGUGUUGAACAAAAUGUGCCAACAAAUUCUGAAACAACUUCUUUUCCUCAGUCUACGUCUUUUGAGGAAUAUGUUUCAAGAUAUCCAAAUAAAAAUAAACUAAUUCUCAGUCUACUUACACAAGGAGAUAAAACUCAGAGGAAAUUAUCAAAAGAUGCUAAUAAAACUAUUCAGGAUUCUAAACCACAUAGUUUUGAAAGGAAUCCAAAUACCCAAAUCACUGAUAACCAGCCGAAUUUGAAAACCGUGGAAACUCCAAGUACUUGUAAUAUAAAUGCCAAGAUUUCAGACGAUUCAUUUUGCCUUGAGGGUAAAUCCUCAGCAAAUGGAAUGUCUUCUAAAAGUGACAGUCACUGUCCCAUGGAAUUGCUAGCAACAUGUCUUUCUCUGUGGAAAAAACAACCUUCAGAAACUACAGAAGAAAAACAGUGUAAUGGGUCAAGAACAAACACAACAGCAGUUGGAAUUUCAAAGCCUGUGGAAAUCUGUGACAAAAGUCCAUUUUCACUUGUGGGAAAUUCUCAGAAUAAGAAGGUAAACAGUUCACAAGAAUCAGCUUUGUCAAUGGUAGUGCAGAAUUCUGAGUCUUCAGGUGCAACUGUUACAAAGGGAACAGAACUUCAGAUUGCUAUAGUGUCACCCUUAAUUCUUUCAGAUGUCAAAACGUUAUCUGUCAAGGAAAUAACACCUGAAGCUUCACCUGAAGCAAUGUAUCCGGUUAUUAAAGAAGGCAGUGUUUGUAGCUUACAAAAUCAGUUGGCAGAAAAUCCUGGAGUUACUGCUGCUUUGAAGGUUAAUGAACCAGUAGCAAGUACGACAGCAAGCACCAAGAUUUUCCCACUGUUUCAGAAGGAAAAGCAAAAUGAGUCAACUAAGGGUCAUUUAGAAGGCACACCUAAUACUAAUCAAGGAAAGCAUACCAAAUCAGAACCAGAUAUCCUUUAUCCUGUGGGUGAUUGGCAAGCCUCCUGUACCUCAAGGGACAGUGAUAUAGUGAAUGUUGAUGCAUUACAGAUUGAUAAUAUCUGUUCUCUUGCUGAAGGUAAUACAUCUUAUAAUUCCCAAAUAGCAAAGAUAUUCAACUCACCCCCUUUGAAAAAGGUUGAGGCACAGAAACCUUCUCUCCCCAAUCACCAAGUGAUUAGUAGUGAACAACAAUUAGAUAACGUCACUGAAAAUAGAGACCCUGGUUUUCAAAAGGAUAAUUUUGGACAGUGCACAGAUAUCUCAGAUAAAAUACCUGAUCAGUCAAAGUCACUGCAACUUGCAGAAUCAUCAUCUUUAAAGAAUGUUGAGGCAGAUAGUGGCAUUGUAGAGGAAAGCAAUCUGGAACACAUCACUAAAACAGAGAGCAUGGCCAAUGAUCUGUGUUCGGUGGUUGCUAGUCAGCAGGAUAGUUUCCUGGAGGAAAUCGAUAUGUCCUGCGAUUACACUGCCCAAGAUCCUGCAAGAAAUGAGGUUCUUGAUGAUAAGACAUCCAUCUUAUACCUACGUGAUCAGCUAUCAGAACUUUUAAAAGAAUUUCCCUAUGGUAUUGAAGCUGUGAACAGACGUAACGGUUCUGUGGCCUCCAAAUUAACAGACCAGAUCUCAAAAGAUCAAACUUGUGAUGAGAUUGGAUGUGACCCCAAAGACUCAACAGACUCAACAGACCAAAUACAAAUUACUAUAUUAAGCUCAGAGGAAAUGAAAGAAUUAUUUCCAGAACAGGAUGAUCAAGCCUGUGAGGCAGACAAGUUGACAGAACCUCAGAAAGAAAAGCCUGUCACAAAAGAAGGGAGCCAGUGUGACCCACAAGCACGUACAGAUGGAGAAAGUUCUGAUUCUGUAACGGUGGAUUCAGAGAAAGACGAUGUCCGUUGCUGUGCAUUGGGGUGGCUCUCUAUGGUUUAUGAAGGAGUACCCCAAUGCCAGUGUAAUUCCGUCAAAAACUUGACUUCAGAGGAAGAAAAAGGGAAAGAUCAGUGUCCUCCCUUGGAGACCAAUAGUUGUAAACAAGGAGAGGGCGCAUCUGAUAGAGAUGACCCUAUUGGAUUUAAUAGUCCUCUAAAUAAUGAUCCGAAGGUUCCUCUGUCUCCUCCAGAUGGUAGAGAGCAUUUUCCUUUGAUGGAUCAAGGCAAGAAUAUAACAGAUAUAUCCCAACUAAAAGGUAACAGCUCACCAAGCUCAGAACAAGAAUCUUCUAGUCAGUUUUUAUCUAAAGGUGAUAAAAAACUAGAUUCCUUGCAAAGUUACAAACGAAAAGGAAAACUGCAGUUUCAUGAGAUAACUUUUCACUCCGGUCACAAAAUGACAAAAUUUUCACAAGAGAGCCUGCAGAAGAGGCUCAUGGCACCAAACGCAUGUCCACUGAAAACAAAGAUGGGUUUUUUGACAAAUAAGAAUAAAGAUCUACAUAUGAAGAAAGGUUCGUUGCUGUCAGUAUCACCAGAAAAGAGAAAACUCAAAGCAGGAGGCUGCACACAAAAAAUUUUGGAAAAAAGGAAGUUAGACGAAGGAAACCAACUUGUUUCAGAGAUAAAGAAGAAGAAAUGUGAUAAACGAGAGCAGAAUAGAAAUGUGGGAGGUGGUACAUUUAAGUUAUGUAAUUUUUUGGCAACCUCAAAUGAAAGAGCCAAUGUUAAAGAAAAGACAGUAUCAAAUGUUAAGUCUUCGGGCUCCAAGGAUAGUGCAUCUAAAUUUAAUAGAGUUCUAGCACAGAAGGAGUUUUUACAAAGGCAGAAGUAUAAAGAAGCUAGGGGUAGCAAAGCAUUAAAAAGAUAUGCGAAGAACGUACCAUGUGAUUCUGAAUACAUCAGGUCCAGUAAACUUGCUAUGCGAGUAGGGAGUUGUGGGAAACCAAACGAGAGACAGAUUAGCAGCAUGCAGACCUCAAAAGAACCUGUAAAUAUUUAUGUAAGCCUUGAUAAAAACCUCAAAACCCACCAUUCUGAGGAGUCUAAAACAUACAUUUCGAGGAAUGUUAAAGGAACAGUGGGUGGAAAGCAGGCUGAUAAAAUGUGGAUUGAUAAAAGCAAAUUAGACAAAAAUUUAGCCAAUGUAAGUAAUGAAGUUGAAUUCAGCCAAACGUCUUCCCAAGCCAAGGAUCAAAGGAAACUCUACCUGAACCGAGUCGCCUUUAAAUGCACUGAACGGGAGAGCAUCUGUCUCACGAAAUUGGACGGUUCACCCAGGAAGCUUAAUAAAGAGAAGAGACCAGAAAAGAAACCUAAGAGCCUUUUGCUUGUGAAAGAUACCACAGAAAAAUCAAGAAUGCUGGAGUUUAAAUUAUGUCCAGAUGGACUAAUAAAGAAUACAAACCCUGCUGAAGACUGGAAGGAUCUGCAGCUUUGUCCUAGAAAGAAGCAGGCUCCUGUGCAAGAUGGUAAUAUUUUGGCUAAUUCAAGAGUCUCCAAGAGAAGCUUCAGUGCAGAUGGAAUAGAGACACUACAAAACCCAGUAAAAGAUUCAAAAGCAAUGUUUCAAACCUACAAAAAGAUGUACCUGGAGAAGAGAAGCAGAAGCCUUUGUAGCAGUCCUGUAAAAUAAUUUUGAGACUUUAAUUCUUCUGAUGGUUCUGUAAUUGCCACCAGAAAAUUUCUGUCAUCUUGCGUUCGGAAUACUCUGCUGGAAAUACGCAGCAUUGCCACGCUGAAAUUUCUCAGAGAGCUUGGUUACCACUUAGGUUAUGUAUAUCAUUGAAAUUACUUAAUAAAAAUGGCUUGAGAACCUUAUUUGUGGGUAGCAGACGUACAAAAUAGAUGGCAUUUGUCAGGGAAACCAUAAGGUAUUGUAUUUUGACAUUAUUGAACCAAGUUUACGAUUUUAAAAUGAGUUCUUACACAAUUCUUAUUUUGAAAUGCGAACUGUCCAUCCCUAGGGAGGCGUGUUCCUCAGUUAAGGACUUGUUUGUGUUAGCUGGGACUGUAAAUGGAUUUUUUUUCUAGAACUUAUUAGCAAAACUUAUUUUCAAAAAUGCUCACUGUGAAUGUCAAAGUAUAUUCGUACGUAUUUUAUACCUGAUUGUAAACUUUUUGUCAGAAGUCUUGUUCUAUACUUGUUAAACUGAACACAAUUUUUGGAUAACAUUUAAACAUUACUUUUCAUACUUGAAAUAAACAUUUAUUUUUUAACAAAUAUA